UAACUGUCACAACAUAUGAUAAAGUUUAGUUCAUUUUUGGUAUGAGCUUUUUUGAUUUGAACACAAGAAACUUUCAACCCUGACUGAAGAUUUUUCAUGCUUAUUAAUUUUCAACUCAUACACAUCAAGCUGAAGGAGUUUCCAAUCACUUUAAAUGACGAAGUAGGACAUACUAAAUCUCGUUCCAUGUUGUGGCUUGGCUACAUAACAAAUCAUUUACCAACAACUUUCAAUCCUAAUUUGAGUUUCAUUCUUUUGGGCUAUGAGUGGUUGGCAAGAACGGAAUUCAUUUGUGUAUGUGACAUAUAAAAAUAAACGCAAAUGACACAUUUCUUAACUUGUCCUCGACGUGUCGAGCUAUGCACUUUUUUGCAAGUCGAUGCGGUGGUGUAUGGUCGCGUGUCCAUAUCCGUGCCACUUAGAUGACAAUCAGCUAACUGUUCACAGAUUAGAACAGGUGAAAGUUGCCUGAUCAAUUGUUGUAUUGCUGCCCAAAUGUGGCAUGUUUAAGGCAGAGAAUACUUGAAUAAGGCAACAGAUUUUGCAACCAUAUCAGAACUGUGGGGAAGGUGGCAGAGGUUUGGAUUGGGGCCUGAGGGGCCUCCAACUAAUCAGAAUCCUGCAGUGGUAGGAUACAUAUCUAGGCGGCACCGGUGGUUCGGUUCGUAAGGGACAUCCCCAUUGGAAGAUGGGUUAUAUGCUCUGGGUAUUUUCCUACUUAACCUAUUGCUGCCAUACCUCUAUACCCUAUAAGUUCUUCCCUUUAUUUGGCUGUGUUAGGCAGCCAAUUUUUGUAUAUCCCAUGUGCAUGGUUAGGCUGUGUUAGGCAGCUCUGAAUUCCGGUGUCAGCCCUCUGUCCUGAUUUUGCAUGGUUACAGACAUGAAGCGGUAUGUAACUUUGCUUUGAAUGUCAUAAUCACUGCUUUGGGGCAUAAGUGAGAGAUUGGCAUAAAAAUGUAAUGAAUAUGAGAAUUAAAUGAGACAGAAUAUGAGUUGAUACAACCUAUUUAAGUUAUAUUAUUGUAAUUAAGUAUCUUGGUUAUCUUCUUCAAUAAAAAAAAGAAGCAUGUCUAAACAUAUGGGGAAAAGAGUAGUUGGAAAUUAGAAAAGUGACAAAGAGAGGUGGGAAAAAUUAACAUAAAAUAGGUGGCAAGAGGCCUGAGUUUGAAACUUGAACCACUGGAAACUACCAGCUGGGGUGUGGAAUUUUCUCCUUACCUUACCUCUAUUUAACACUUGAAAAGCUCAGCUUUCUUUGGCUCAUGAGAUCAGUGCUUAAGCACUUGAGUUGAUCUCUUAGCCCACCCGCCUCCGUAUUCGCCUCUCUAGCCAUUUAAUCUACCUCUUCCAAAUGAAGAUUUUCAGUUGGAUGCAAAGCAAGCUCAAUGGUAAACAAAGGACCAAAAAGCCAAACUCAAAAUCAGAUAAUGACCAAACACUACAAGAACCUUGCAAAGAAGAGUUCAGUGACUGGCCUCAUGGAUUGCUUGCAAUUGGCACAUUUGGAAAUAAAAGCCUGGACGGAGAUCCAGAGAGAUGCAAUCUCCAAGGGAGCCAAUCUUCCUCCCAAGGUCAACCACUAGACAUCACGCCUGAGGAAGCUGUAGAACUUCAGAAAGAGUUGGUGUUAUUGCAUACACAAGUUUCUAAUGAAUCAAGUGCAGCGGAGGAUUUAGAAAACCUUCAACUGGAAAUGUUAACCUUUACACCAAGCUUGGAAGAUGAGAGCAGUAAAGGUAAUACUGUUUGUGGCGCUUCAGCGGGCCAAAGUGGUCAGCUCCAGCGAAGUACCAGCUUGAAAGGGAAAGAUAUAUGUUUGGAUCACACCAAGAAAAGCAUGCGUAAAAAGGCACUGUCUUUCCUUCUUAAGAAGAUUGGUAUAUCCCAAAGCAUGUUCGCUCCCACUCCCAGCUUGAGAGAUCCAAUUCCAGAUAAGUCCACAAUGGAGAAGAUUUUGAGAGCUAUACUACACAAGAAAGUAUAUCCCCAAAACUCCAGUACAAAGGCUACGACAAAGAAAUACUUAGAUACCAGUCAUAUGCACAAACCAGAUGAAGAAGAUGAAACGGAUGAUACUGCAAAUGAUGGAAGUAAAUGGGUCAAGACCGAUUCAGAAUAUAUUGUUCUAGAGAUAUGAUUUGCCUCGCCUCUACUCUGUUUUUGGAAGCUGGGAUGGUACCAGCAAAGAGAUUUUCCAUACAGGAAUUCAAGCAAUUGAAACUAAUAACUAGAGGUGAAAAAAAGUAUCACCUGUUCUAUGAGUAUGCCGUGAAAGUUAACUCACUUGUGCGCGUCCAAAUGUAGCGGUUGUCGCCUCAAGUAUAUUGUGAUUUAGUUAUGCUCUUGUUGAAGUUGAAUAUGUACGAACAUAUGAACAAUAACUCAUAUUGGAAGAACUUCAGCUGUGGAGAAAGCAAGCUGCUCUGAUGACUUGGUAUUGAACUCAUAUGCUUUGGCAUGUUUUUUUCAGAA